AUGUCCGCUACAAGGGUGGCGCUGGACGUGCUCGGGCCCCGUUAUAAUGCAACUUUUAAUGUCAUGCCAGUGGUGGAGGUGGUGCCGUGCAAUAGCGAGGAUGCAGCAGUGGCAGCAGAGCGUCUAGACCUGAUGAACGUGGUGGGGGUGGUGGGACCAGCGUGCUCCGAGGCAGUCAAGGGAGCCAACUCCGUGCUACAGCCCAAAGGCAUCCCCUACGUGUCGUUUGCUGCUACUGCUGAUGUGUUCAACACCCCGGAUUACAACACUUUCUUCAGAACAGUCUUCGCUGACAAGCACCAGGCCAGGGAAAUCGCGGCGCUGAUCAGAUUCUUCCAGUUCAACGAAGUCCAUCUGUUCUACUCCAACGAGAUCUACGGCUCAGAUCUCGCCGCCAAGAUCCGUGCUGAGCUGGACGGCUCUCUCAUCCCCGUCAGCACCGUCCCCGUCAGCUACCCCGUGGACGAGUUUGCGCCGCUCUUUGCUGAUGUGGCGGUCGGGGAGAGGUCCAUCUGCGUGCUUGCCGCCCUGCCAGCUGUCGCCGAGGGGUUUUGGCGGGCGGCAGUGAGGGAGAACUUCACUAGCUACCCAUGGUGGUACCUGGGGACUGAUGGCGUGGCAGCUCUUGACUUCGUUGACCAAUCUGGGGAGAGGCUCGGAGGUAUGGCCCGGUCUCUGCAAGGGGAGAUGGCGGUCGGUCCGAACAUGCCCUUUGAGAGUCCCAACCUGCGUCCAUUCACGAGCCACUGGAAGAAGCAAGCCGCAGACGAUUACGUGGGGCUCAUCAAUGCGCCGACCACGCCAAGGCACGAAGACUCAAAGGAAGUUGCCUCAACCCCCAACCUGCGUCCCUUCACGAGCCACUGGAAGCAGCAAGCCGCAGACGAUUACGUCGGGCUCAUCAAUGCGCCGACCACGCCAAGGGUGAGAGCACGUGACCUGCUGCCUGCGCCCUGCUCUCUGGUGUGUUUUGAGUCAACUCAACUUAACCUGUAA